AUGGGCAUCAUUAAGAAGGUGACGCUCACUACGUUGGGACUCGGAACGGGCGUUUUGGGGUAUCUCGGCGCCUCAACGAGCAUCGUCAGUCCCAUUCCGGAAGACGACCCCCUGUGGCGCUCAAAGAGCUAUACCAAGUACAACUCGCAUCGGAACCCGUCGACCCAGGAUGUCUGCAUCAAGAGAAUUCCCUUGACCAAAAUUAAGCCCGAACUUCUCGAGCGUGAGGGUGACCUUGCGCUUGAAUUCUGCCGAGGAGUCUGGGCCGGCUUAGGUUACCGGUUCCAGCGGGCGUAUUUAGCUCGCAAGUACCACGGUCCCGCAACCGCUUCUCAGCUCUGGACAGUUAAUCAGCUGGCUCGGUCCGCGUAUGAGCCCGGCACGCAGCUCACGGACCACUUCGAGGUUGUCGAGAAGACUCCUUCCGAGGUAGUGGUUCGCUGUGGCGAUUCCCCGAGGAAUCCGAACCCCCGCGACUCGGAUGGUUUGUUUUCCAUUGGCGCGGCCGUCGAUCGGGAGCGCGGUGAGGCGGUGCUAAAGCUCACGAGUUGCUUGUUCAUCAGCAACAACAAGGUUGAGGGCAUUCAAGGGCCCAUGCCUGGCUGGAUGGAGAUGCUGCAUAGGUGGUAUGCACGGCUUUGGAUGGAGACGGGGUCGUGGAGGAAGCAGGGACUAAACUCUCAAGCCUCCGGCGUCCUCUGUGGCCGCACACAACAAAACUCCGGUAUUCCGGAAAACACCUCCACACAAUGUGAUACAGAUUCCUUAAAUUGCCAGUGUCUCCCUCAGCCCACGGCGCAGGUCAGCUUUUUAACAUCGCCAAUUCUCAAUAUGCCUUCCAUCAGCGGCCACAACCUCUUGAUUAUUGGCGGGUCUGCAGGGAUCGGUGCAGCGGUUGCCAAACUUGCCGCCGCGGAUGGUGUGAACGUUGCUAUCGCGUCCUCGAACCCGGACCGCAUCGAAAAAACGAUUAAGGCGAUAAAGGAUGCUCUGCCGAUGAAGGCUAUCAACAUCUCCGGCUUCGUUUGCGAUGUGAGCCAUAACGAUGCCGAAGACCGGCUUGAGAAACUCCUCACAGAUGUUACGGCCGCUCUGGGUGACAAGCCCAUCAAAGGCCUGGCCAUCUUGGCCGGAUGGGCAACUGCUCUGACCGGCUUCGCGCGCUCGUUGGCCGUUGAGAUCGCGCCUAUUCGCGUCAACCUCGUCAGCCCCGGCUCGACCGACACCGACCACCACGGCCCCCCCGAAGUGCGCAUUCCCAAGAUGGCAGCCGUUGCUAAAGCCUCUCUUCUGGGGAAGGUUGGGACCGCUGAGGAUGUCGCUGAAGCUUACAUCUAUCUUAUGAAGGAUUCGAACUGUACAGGUAGCACUGUUAGUACGGAAGGCGGAUCGUUGCUUCAGUAA